AUGCCGCUGCAGGAACUAACACAAUUUAUCAGCCAAGAACUGGAACAGAACCCCUUCUUGGAACUCGAAGAAGAGGACGAGACAGCACUCCCCACCGAAGAAUCAGAUCCAAUACCCGAAUGGAAUGAACCAGAAGAAAAUCCUGAUCGGGAAGAUAGCACUAUCGAUAUCGAUUGGGAAACAGCCUUUGAGGACCGUGUGUCCGUUAGCGAACGGAUAAAUUCCAGAUACUCGGACACUGACGAAUUACAAUCAGAUCUGGGGCAUGAACGCUCGCUGCACGAGCAUCUUGAUGAACAAUUAGGACUCGCACCACCCGAAAUUAUAGCCUCAGAAACAGAACGCGCCAUCGCAGAGCAAAUUCUCGGAAAUCUCAACGAUGACGGACAAUUAGAACUCAAACUGUUUCAAAUUCCGUGUGAAUUCCUGCCAGAAUUGGAUGAAGGAAUUUUUUCAACAGAACUGCACAUUUUUAUUCAGAAAAAUUUACAAGCAGCAACAGGCGACCGUAAUAUUCACCCUAAUAUUCAAUUGUCAAAAACUGCUACAAUUGCUGGGACAGAUACAAUGCCUCCUUCCACGGAAAAUGGAGGCGUGCCUGCACAUCGCGCAUGGAAAAUUAACGACAGAGACAACAAAAAUAUCUAUACUAUACUAUACGAAUAUAUGCCAGGCAACCGUAAGCCAGCACUUGUCUUUUACCAACUUACGUUGGAUGAUAUUGCCGAAACUGUUGGCUGUGAUACAUCACUCGUUGAAACUGUACUCCGUAAGAUACAAGAUAAUUUUGAACCGCUUGGGAUAGCAUAUCGAGAUGUAAGAGAGGCAUUGCUUAUACAGAUUCGCAAUUAUAAAGCAGAGAACGGAGUGGAUGCGAAGCACGACUCACAGAAUACUGAGAUGAGUCCUGAACGGAAGGACAGUUCAACAUCGUCAGCAGAAUAUAAAACACAGUGUGCGGAUUCUCAAUAUAAAAAUAUACCCGUGCGAUGCCUUGCCCAAGAAAUCAUCGAAAACCACUUCGACACUCUUCUGAAUCAGCAAUGGGAUUGCAUCGCGGAAGCACUGAAAGUUGACAUCACAGCGAUUGAGACAGCGGCUAAGUGGAUAGGAAAGCUAUCACCGUACCCGGGUCGCUACUUCACAGAUCCUACGACCCGAUCACUCAAAAAAAAAUCCUUCGCAGAGAUCAUCACGCCAGACGUGGAGAUACAAUACCUUAAUGGAAAAUACCAAGCUAUCUCUGUGGACAAUCACAUACCACGCUUACAGAUGAAUCCUUACUAUGUAAAUUUGAUGAGAAAUCACCAAAACACCUUAGAUUCUGACGCAAAAGAAUGGAUAGAAAAACGGUAUCGUGAUGCGACCAAUUUGCUCAGCAGCCUCGCGCAGCGAGGCAGCACAAUCGCCCGGGUCACCGAAGUAAUUUUUGAAGUGCAAACGGAAUUUCUAACACAAGGCGUUAAAAGUAUUAAACCGCUGACCUUGAGAACAAUAGCUGAAAAAAUAGGCAUUCACGAAUCAACCGUCAGCCGAGUAACAAGCAAUAAAUAUGUGCAAACCUCACACGGCAUGUAUCCCCUUCGGUUCUUUUUCAGUAAUGAAUUAGCUACCACGCAAGGAGACGCAGUCUCCGCUAAACAGGUUAAAAACCUUAUUCAAGAGAUGGUCGGCGCUGAGGUUCCCUCGAAACCUCUCAGUGAUCAAGCGAUCAGUAAUGCCUUGAAAGCGAAGGGUAUCUUGCUCGCGAGGCGAACCGUUCAGAAAUAUCGCGAUGAAUUGGGCAUACCUACAUCACGCGAAAGGUCUGCUGUCCACGAAAAUACUCGCGCCAAUUAA